UGGACAUUUCCAAGAUAAAAGAAAAGAAAAAAAUUUAGACGAAUUAUGGGUUCUCUUAAAACAUUCUUUAGCUUUCUUUGUAGUGAUUAUGUUCACGAGUGCAACUAUGUCCCGAGCCUCGACGACUGUAGUGAUUUAUAAUGAUCUUGGAGGUGGUUUGCCACUACGGUACCACUGCAAAUCAGGGGACGAUGAUCUUGGAGACCGGAGUUUAGCACCAGGUGGAUCGUGGUCGUUUGGAUUUACUCCGGAUAUCUUCGGCAGGACUUUGUUUUUCUGUAGCUUUAGUUGGGGAAAUGAGAGUCAUAAAUUUGAUAUCUACAAACAGAGUAGAGACAAAGAAUUUCAAGAGUUUGGCUGCAAAAAAUGCGAAUGGAAAAUACGGAAAAAUGGACCUUGCAAGUUGAAUGGGAAGACCGGCGUGUUUGAUGGUUGCUUUCCUUGGGAUUAA